CUGAGAGAGGCUGGCCGCGCGGGCCGGCGGGCAGCGGCGGCGCCCGGAGACGGGCGGAAGGCGAGGCUGGCGGGGACGGCGGGAGCCGCCCGCCCGACCGCGAGCCCCUGAGUCGGUAGAUGGGGCUACGCGGCGCCCGCGGCUGAGGAGAGGAGCGGCGGCGCGGAGGCGGCCGAGGUGCGAGCCGAAAUGCAGCAAGUUUUGGAAAACCUUACAGAGCUGCCCUCAUCUACAGGAGCAGAAGAAAUAGACCUAAUUUUCCUCAAGGGGAUUAUGGAGAAUCCCAUUGUGAAAUCACUUGCUAAGGCUCACGAGAGACUUGAAGAUUCAAAAUUAGAAGCUGUCAGUGACAAUAACUUGGAAUUAGUGAAUGAAAUUCUUGAAGAUAUCACUCCUCUCAUAAGUGUGGAUGAAAAUGUGGCAGAACUGGUUGGUAUACUCAAGGAGCCUCACUUCCAGUCGCUCCUGGAGGCCCAUGAUAUUGUGGCAUCAAAGUGUUAUGAAUCGCCGCCUUCAAGCCCAGAAAUGAAUAUUCCUUCUCUCAAUAAUCAGUUAUUGCCAGUGGACGCCAUCCGUAUUCUCGGUAUUCACAAAAGAGCUGGAGAGCCAUUGGGUGUAACAUUCAGGGUUGAAAAUAAUGAUCUGGUAAUUGCCCGAAUCCUUCAUGGAGGAAUGAUAGAUCGACAAGGUCUGCUUCAUGUGGGAGAUAUCAUUAAGGAAGUCAAUGGUCAUGAGGUUGGAAACAACCCAAAGGAAUUACAAGAAUUAUUGAAAAAUAUUAGUGGAAGCGUCACCCUAAAAAUCUUACCAAGUUACAGAGAUACUAUUGCUCCUCAGCAGGUGUUUGUCAAGUGUCAUUUUGAUUAUAAUCCAUUCAAUGAUAACCUGAUACCCUGCAAAGAAGCUGGACUGAAGUUUUCCAAAGGAGAAAUUCUUCAGAUUGUAAAUAGAGAAGACCCAAAUUGGUGGCAGGCUAGCCAUGUGAAAGAGGGAGGAAGUGCUGGUCUGAUUCCAAGCCAGUUCCUGGAAGAGAAAAGAAAGGCAUUUGUUCGCAGAGAUUGGGACAAUUCAGGACCCUUUUGUGGAACUAUAAGCAACAAGAAAAAGAAAAAGAUGAUGUACCUCACAACCAGGAAUGCAGAGUUUGAUCGGCAUGAAAUUCAGAUCUAUGAGGAAGUAGCAAAAAUGCCACCCUUCCAGCGGAAAACAUUAGUGUUGAUCGGAGCUCAAGGUGUGGGCAGAAGGAGUUUGAAAAACAGGUUCAUAGUACUGAAUCCUGCUAGAUUUGGAACAACAGUGCCAUUUACUUCACGGAAGCCAAGAGAAGACGAAAAGGAUGGGCAAGCAUAUAAAUUUGUGUCCCGAUCAGAGAUGGAAGCAGAUAUUAAAGCUGGGAAGUAUCUGGAGCAUGGGGAAUAUGAAGGGAACCUGUAUGGAACUAAGAUCGGCUCCAUUCUCGACGUCGUCCAAACCGGACGGACUUGCAUUUUGGAUGUUAAUCCACAAGCACUGAAGGUGCUGCGGACCUCCGAGUUCAUGCCUUACGUGGUGUUUAUUGCUGCUCCAGAGCUAGAGACUUUGCGUGCCAUGCACAAGGCUGUGGUGGACGCAGGAAUCACCACCAAGCUUUUGACGGACUCUGACUUGAAGAAAACGGUGGAUGAAAGUGCCCGGAUUCAGAGAGCAUACAACCACUACUUUGAUUUGAUCAUCGUAAAUGACAAUCUAGACAAAGCCUUUGAGAACCUACAAACUGCCAUUGAGAAACUGAGGACGGAGCCACAGUGGGUCCCCAUUAGCUGGGUGUACUGAUGAUUCAGUGAGGUUAACAGUUAAAUAAAACUUUAAAACAGUGACUCAACAAGUAAACCUUCUGCUGGAGAGCACAUGCAGAGGGACAGGCGCCUGCCGGCCGCACCCAGGCAUUUUUAUUGUGUAGAUUGAAGUAACAGUGCACUAGGCGGAAUUUUUAUAUAAUUGUGGUUGGGAAGGUGUACUAAUAUAUAAUUUCUCUUAAUUUUUCUAACUUUUUAUGGAUAAAACCUUUCUAUUCAUAUACCACAUAAAGAAAUGCGUUGAAGCAUUUGUAAGUUUUGAUUUAGUACCCUUACCUUUUCAUCAAAGGAAUUUUCAGAUCAUUCUCUCCAACAGCUCAUAUUUUCACUGUGAUAAUGAAUACUUGAAAUAGUUUUGUAAUGCUAUCAUUCUCAUAAGUGGUUAGGGAAGGGUCAAUUAUUCUCUUAUUAGGGGGAAAAAAAACAGUAGCUAUUGACCUUUUUCAUGAACCUCGUUACAGAAGCAGAAUUUAAAUCUCAGUGUUAUAGCUAGUCCACUACUAUCCUGAUCUGCUCAGUGCCCCCUCUACUCCAGAGUACGGCUGUUCAUCUCAUCUGUACAGAUAAAUCAGCUCCCCUCACCCCUCUAGUGAACACAGCGAAGAGCGAUAGCUUGCACUCUCUAUGGGAUUAUUCUUUUCAUUUGUCGCAGUGAUGUGCUGAUGCCGACUGAUGUUGAAUAUUAGUUAUGGAGGCUCGGGUGGAAGCCUGGUCAUGCACACAGAGAGUGCCUUAUCCUGCAAAACUUUACUCAACUUAGAGAACAUUUACUUAUUUUCAAAUAUAAAAUUUCAAACCUA